CGAGGCCGACGAGCGGCGGUCGAGGCGAGCUCUGCUAGGUAGGGAUUUUGCUGCUGCGCGUCAUCGUCACAGCUUCGAGGUGCGAAAUCUUCUGCUACCCCACUCGAUGCACUCAAGCACACGCGGGCCAGCACCAGCAGCGGCAGAUGUCCCUUCGAAUCAAGGCCGUGGUCGAGAACUUUGUGAGACAGCUCAAGGAGGCACUCGAGGCUGACAUGCGAGACCGGAUCAUGAAGGAGAGAGAGAUGCAGAGCUACUUGGAGGAGAGAGAGCGCGAGGUGGCGGAGCGAGAGGCCGCGUGGAAAGCUGAACUGUCCCGACGAGAGGCCGAGAUCGCCAAACAGGAGGCCAGGCUCCGGAUGGAAAGAGACAAUCUCGAGAAGGAGAAGAGCGUCCUCAUGGGGACUGCCUCGUCAUCGGAUAAUCAGGAUGGCGCUCUCGAGAUCACUGUCAGCGGCGAGAAGUAUAGGUGCCUCCGCUUCUCUAAAGCUAAGAAGUAAGCUCAGCUAACUUCUCGAUUCGAUUCUUCUUCGUUGUCUUUCUCACACUUGUCAAUAUGUAAACUUCGAUCGAAGACCGAUCUCAUUUAAAUACUCAGGCAAACAUCUACAUUCACAAAA